AUGGCCAAUGUGCUCUGUAACAGAGCCAGACUGGUUUCCUACCUCCCAGGAUUGUACUCUUUAGUUAAAAGGGUUGUCAAUCCCAGAGCCUUUUCAACUGCAGGAUCUUCAGGUUCCGAUGAGUCUCAUGUGGCCACUCCACCUCCAGAUAUAUGCUCUCGAACAGUAUGGCCUGAUGAAACUAUGGGACCAUUUGGACCUCAGGAUCAGAGAUUCCAGCUUCCAGGGAACAUAGGCUUUGAUUGUCACCUCAAUGGAACUGCUUCACAGAAGAAAAGCCAGGUUCAUAAAACUUUGCCUGAUGUGCUAGCAGAACCUUUAUCAACUGAAAGGCAUGAGUUUGUGAUGGCACAGUAUGUUCAUGAAUUCCAGGGUAAUGAUGCACCUAUUGAACAAGAAAUUAAUAGUGCAGAAACUUACUUUGAAAGUGCCAAAGUAGAAUGUGCAGUCCAAACAUGUCCAGAAUUGCUACGAAGAGAUUUUGAAGCUCUAUUUCCAGAAGUGACCACCAGCAAGUUAAUGAUUUUGACUGUGACACAGAAGACUAAGAAUGAUAUGACUGUUUGGAGUGAGGAAGUAGAAAAUGAAAGAGAAAUACUCUUAGAAAAGUUCAUCAGUGGUGCUAAGGAAAUUUGUUAUGCUCUUCGAACUGAAGGCUUUUGGGCUGACUUUAUUGACCCAUCAUCUGGUUUGGCAUUUUUUGGACCGUAUACAAACAACACUCUUUUUGAAACUGAUGAACGCUAUCGACAUUUAGGAUUCUCUGUGGAUGAUCUUGGCUGCUGUAAAGUGAUUCGUCAUAGUCUCUGGGGUACCCAUGUGUUUGUAGGUAGUAUCUUCACUAAUGCGACCCCAGACAGCCAUAUUAUGAAGAAAUUAAGUGGAAAUUAGCAGUAUUGUCAGUGUAUUUGCUGUGCUCUGUUUGUACAUAAAAUUUGGAUUACUCUGUAAACACCAUCAAAAACUUUCAUUUUUAAAAUAGACUUUUUACUAGGUAUUUAUUUCAACAUUUAUGAAUUUACACUGUUGUCAAACAACUUGUGAUUUUUAAAUCUUAGCUAUUCGUUGUUCAUAUUUAUCAUUGAAAACACCUCUACCUUAUAUAUAAUGUGGUAAUUAGCAUGUAAUCAGAGUAUGAUCUCAUGUUCUUAUUUCUCCCCCUUAUUGGGAAAACUGUUUUAAUUAUUUUUCUCCAAAAAUAAAUCACAGAUUUAGUU